UUGAAAUAUAAGUGGAGGUAUGGUUUUUUAGGUAAUCAAGCAGAAGAUACGUGGGGUCGCACUGGAGAUGGGUCCUUAUCUGAUUCAUGGAAAAAUGGUUUGCAAGGAAAUUAUGAUUCUCGCAUUGUUAAUCGUCAAACAGCAACAUCAUCACAUUCAGUUGCACCAUGGCAAGAUCCUAAAAUGCUUAAUGUACUCGGACAUAGUAUUCAGUCAACUUCUGUAUAUCAGCAAUCAAAUCGUGAAGAACGAUUUGGUCAGUAUGAACAAGAAGGUGGCUUUCAAGGUUAUAAUGCAAGUGUGCAGGGAACAGUAGCUUCAACAGUAUCUAGUGCUAUUGCUCAAGUUCAACCGAUCUAUCAACAGACGAACGUUGGGACACCCUCAGUACUUCAGAGUCAAACAUUACCGUUACCAGCAUCAAUUUCUGGUCUUAUUGUACCACCAUUACUUGCUAAUUCCUUACCUACAGUUGCCACUUCAACACAGUCUACAGUUGGAUUACCUGAUGCAUUUGUUCCACGUUAUGCUGGAUCAAAUGGACCGAUUUUCCCAGCUCUAUCUACUCAAAACGAAUUAACAGAGACAAAGGAGAACUAUUAUAUCCAGCUUACUCGACUUCCUUCAGAACUUUUGCGACCAUCGGCACUUGAACAUUUUCUCCGCCCAUCAGUUCCCCUUACUUUAUCAUCAGUUAAAGUUGUGUUCGAUCCCAAAGGUUUUCCUUUGCACUCGCUGGUUCGUUUCGAAAACUCCAAGGAUGCCAAAAAUGUAUUGCACAGGGAUGGUGAGCAAGGCAUCAGAAUUCGAUCAUGCUCCAAGAAAAUAUUCGAUGAAGCAGUAGAUGGCAGUUUACAAGUUCCGCCAAAUUACCUUCAGAUCUCGAAAGAUGGCAAUUUUCAUCCAGAGAGAAAUUCUCGUGUUCCACCUGCUUCACGUCAUUAUCGUAGUCCUGAACGACGUGAUUUUGAUGGACGAUAUGAUGAACGUCCUCGUAUGGCUCGUGAAUUGGAUCGUUUUCGUGGUCCUAAACACGGUCGUUCGCGAUCUCCGCGAGAUUAUCGAGACUACCGGGAAGUAAAAAGACGUGGUGAAUGUGGACGUUAUUGCAUCGAGUUUACCAAUUUACCAUUUAGAGUGACGGAACCUGAAAUCAGAGAAUUUCUUAGUCCUCGUUGUGAACCAGUAAAAGUAACUCGUGUUUACAAUGAAGAUGGUCAAGCAUCAGAUCGGUGGAUCGCUGAAUUCACUACAUUCGAACAAGCAGAGAAAGGCUAUCGUGUUCGAGGCAAAGUAGGUGAUCGACCGAUUCGUGCCAAAAGAUUAACGAAUGAAGACGCUGACCAGUUGUUGGCAAUACCAGAUAGGUUCGGAAGGCAAAAGAAGGAAGAAUUUGAACGGAAACAUGGAGAAUCAAUCAUAGCUCCACUUCUUGAUUUACCUAACAGGACUUCUGAAACAGGUUUUCAUUUCAAAGUUUCUUCCAGAAUCAGUCGUAGAAGCACUGGUCGAGGUGGUCGUGGACGAGGGGGGUUGUGUAGAGGUGGCCUUCUACCAACAUACCAUGGUGAGCGUGGAUUAGCAGAGGUACAAAGUUCUAGUGGUUUAAAUGGGACAGCAAGCACUUCUUCCGUAGCACCACCUCGUUUCCCCGCGUUCCGUGGAAGUCGCAUGCCAGGAAGUCGACCACCACGUCCACCACUUAUUUCUCCACCUUCGUUUUUCGGUACAACGACACCAUCCACAAUACGGCAGCGUGGUCCACCUCCAUCCAACCGUGGCCCACCUCUUCUUCGAGGUCCUCGUCCACCAACAUUUCAUCCUCCAAACAACGGUCCAGCUGGACCAAUUCCGUCCAUUCCACCUCCAAGUGUAAAGUCAUGCAUAAUGAUUGAGAACGUUCCUGAUAGUAAAAAUGAUUCGGAUGUUGCCAUUUUGUUGAAAUUAAAUCAAACAGUACGAGGUACACUUCGAAGGGCCGUUGAUGGGGUAUACUAUGUUGAUAUGAAUACCAUGGAUGAGGCUACAAAAACUGUCCAGUUGUUUAAUGGAUUAAAGCUUGGCGAUGUUGCCAUCACUCUCACGGCAAUUACUCGGCAACAGAUGCAGUUGGGUGUUGAGAAAAAAGUUGAAGUGGUUGAAAUGUUAGAACCAGAAUUGAUAGCAUCAGUAGGAGAACCAGGCACUGUUAUUAGUUGUCAUGGUUUUCCUGCCAAUGUCACAUUGACCGAUGUAGCUCAGUUUUUUGACAAGUAUUCACUGGUGGAAAGUUCAGUGAGAAUAAAAUUGGAUGACAGUGGAGUGCCUACCGGAGAAUGUCUUUUGGCUGUUGGCACUCCACAGGAAGCUAGUAAAGCAGUAAUGCUUUUGAGUGGUCGGAAGCUCGCUGGUUCAACGAUCACGAUGUCUGUCGUCCGAGCAGCAACCAAACAAUAA